GGCUCGGCUCGGCUCGGCCCGGCGGGUUAGCGGCACCAUGGCCGGCCCGCGGGUCAACGUCAACGUGGGCGUCCUGGGCCACAUCGACAGCGGCAAGACGGCCCUGGCCCGGGCGCUCAGCACCACCGCAUCUACCGCCGCCUUCGACAAACAGCCGCAGAGCCGAGAGCGGGGCAUCACCCUGGACCUGGGCUUUUCUUGCUUCUCGGUGCCGCUGCCUCCGCACCUGCAGCCGGCCGGAACCGAGGCGCAGCCCGCCGCCCGGCUCCAGUUCACGCUGGUGGACUGCCCCGGCCACGCCUCGCUCAUCCGGACCAUCAUCGGCGGUGCACAGAUUAUUGACCUGAUGAUGCUGGUAAUUGAUGUGACCAAAGGGAUGCAGACUCAGUCAGCAGAAUGCCUGGUCAUUGGGCAAAUUGCUUGCAAGAAAAUGAUUGUGGUCCUGAACAAGAUAGAUCUGCUGCCAGAGGGAAAGAGGCAGGCAGCUAUUGACAAAAUGACCAGGAAGAUGCAGAAGACGCUGGAAAAUACAAAAUUCCAUGACUCACCUAUCAUUCCUGUCGCGGCAAAGCCUGGUGGGCCGGAGGCCCCAGAAACUGAGGCCGCACAGGGUAUAUCAGAGCUAAUCGAGCUCCUGAGAGCUCACAUUUCUCUCCCUACCCGAAGUCCCUCGGGACCCUUCCUCAUGGCUGUGGACCACUGUUUCUCCAUCAAAGGUCAAGGCACAGUGAUGACGGGAACCAUUCUCUCUGGCUCCAUCAACCUCGGUGACAGUGUGGAAAUUCCUGCCCUGAAGGUAGUGAAGAAAGUUAAGUCCAUGCAGAUGUUCCACACGCCAGUGACCACAGCCAUGCAAGGAGAUCGAUUGGGUAUCUGCGUAACCCAGUUUGACCCCAAACUGCUAGAACGAGGUCUCGUGUGCACCCCAGAAUCUCUCCACACCAUCCAUGCAGCAGUUGUCUCCCUGAAGAAGAUCACUUACUUCCGGGGCACUCUUCAGACGAAGGCCAAGUUUCACAUAACAGUUGGCCAUGAAACGGUCAUGGGAAGGGUGAUGUUCUUCAGCCCAAGUCCUGCUAACUUUGACCGAGAGCCUCUGGAAGAUUCCUUUGAUUUUGAGAAAGAAUAUUUGUAUCAGGAGCAGUAUCUGUCCAAGGACUCGAUGACUGAAAGUGAAGACCCAAAAAAAGACCUGUCCUUAGCAGGGCAGGUACCUCAGCAACAGUGGGCCCUCCUGGAGUUUGAGAAGCCAGUCACUUGUCCCAAAUUGUGCUUGGUGAUUGGCUCCAAGCUAGAUACCGAUAUCCAUGCCAACAUGUGCCGGCUGGCAUUCCAUGGGGUGAUGCUUCAAGGACUGGAGGAUAAGAACUAUGUGGAAACCUUUCUGCCUAAACUGAAAGUAUACAAGCUGAAGCACAAGGAAGGACAAGUAGAAAGGGUGAUGGAUGAUUACAGUGUAAUUGGCCGUUCACUGUUUAAAAAGGAGACCAACAUCCAGCUCUUUGUGGGCCUUAAAGUCAAACUGUCAACAGGAGAGGAUGGAGUCAUCGAAGGCGGCUUUGGACAGAGCGGCAAAUUCAAAAUCCGGAUUCCUAGUGGGAUCAGUCCUAGCACAAAGCAGCUUUUUACCACCACCUCCAAGAGAAAAGGCAAGGCGGGAAAAGAAGACCUGACCAAAGAGGAAGACCGCAGCAAGACUGAGCCAUCCCAACACGUCACCAUCCGCCUUUCCUUCAAGAGAUAUGUGUUUGACACACAGAAGAGAAUGAUUCAGUCACACUGAGGCUCAGGCCUGCAUCCCGGUGCUCAAUUGCCCCGGAAGGCUCCAAACCAAAGCAUUUGUAGUUGAAGGGAGUAGGUUUCUUUCUUGGAAGCCCUGAGCUUGGGAACAAAAACAAACAAAAAUAUUUUUAAAAGGCUAUCUCCCAGCUUGCACAGCUAGUUUUUUUCAAGGGAUGGCUCAUAACCACAUUUGUAGGUAUAAAAGGUCCCUUGAAAAAUUUAAACAGUAAGAGGUUGUUUCCAGGUUUUGCAUUUUGAAAGUAGGAGCUCACUACCAUGAUCAUUCACUAAUUGUGGUGGUGCUGGGCUUGAGGUUUACAGUAGCCAGUAGGUAUAGAAAUAGGGUUUGGGGUGGUUUGUCUGGGUUUUUUUUUCAGUUAUUUUUUCAGUAUAGACCUUUCCCUUCAAUGUCCGGAAACUGAACCCCACAAAAUAGCGCAAGACAAUCCAGAAGUGGAUUGUCAAAGAACAGCAACAAAAAGUGACCCAGAGGAAAGGGUGAGCACUAAAUUAGAUUGAAUGUCAAAUUGUUUCAUCUUUAAUGAUUUAUCAGUAUUACCAGAGGUACAAGGAGGUUUUCAACAUUUUUUUCAGGCCCGCAUUCCUCGAAUCGGGUUAAGUAGUUGAAAUUGUUCCCAAGGCACACUGAUUUCAGGGACUAGUAAAAAGGUCACUUUUUCAGAGUUAAUGGACAUCUUGGGAAGUAGAGAGUUUGAACAGUAAUCUCUGAGUCAUUGCUACAGAAACCUGCCUGACCUGUAACAAAUAAAAAAAAGGCUUUGUUUAUUAAUAAACCAACGGCUUGCCCUUCA